GGGCUUUCUCUUCAGCUGCACCCAUUUAUCUGGAGACACCUAUGGAACACCUACCUCACUGAAAGCCAUAUCCUAUGAUUCAGCCCCCCCUUCCUGUGUGUAAGUGAAGCCCCGCAGUGCAUGGUGCUUGGCGCUCCUUAUUUACUUCUACAAGUUCUGCCUCAGAAGAAGAGAAUCGCAGUCAGAGGAUGCAGCUAGGAGAGCAGCUACUGACCAGUUCUGCUCCGAAUCUGCCCCACACCUUCUACCCUCUGCCAGGUGACCCCAGCAGUGCUGCCCACAGCCCCAGCUUGGAGUUCAGCGUGGGGCAACACAAGGGCCAGCAGCACAAGAAAUACAGCAGAGGGCUCCAGUUAGACAGCCCCAGAGAGCCCGGUUCCACCAGCACUGCCUCUGGCACAAUGCUCAGCGAAACUGGAGAAGCUUUUUCCGUAGCCAAAACGUUGCCGGACAACGGGCGCAAAGGCUCCCCCUCCGCAGAGGAGGAACUCAGCACCGCGGUACCCUCUUCAGCUCCUCGUUACCUGGACAGCAGCCUUCAGGCAGCCUCUGAGCGCUACUACCUACAGCCCCAGGGGCAACAGCCUCAACAAGCUGCCACAGAGCUAGGCUCCCCAUGUUCCAUCUUCCCUUAUGCUCCCCCGCAGCACAGCGCAGUGUAUCCCGCAGGAGGAGCGGCCAGGUACCCUCCAUACGGCAGCAUGUUGCCCCCAGCCGGCUUCUCCCCUCCAGUGUGCCCAUCCCGGCCUCAGUACUCUUCAGGCUACCAGUACAGCCAGGCCCCAGGGACCAUGUAUAGCCCAUACCCACCUGCAGGUACUGGCAGUGGACUCAGUGCGCUGGGGCUGCCUGGCGGCGGUGCGGGAGUUCGAGCUCAGGUCUUCCUCUGCAACCGGCCCCUCUGGCUUAAAUUCCACCGGCACCAGACUGAGAUGAUCAUCACCAAGCAGGGCAGGAGGAUGUUCCCUUUCCUCAGUUUUAACAUCACUGGCCUGAACCCGACAGCCCAUUACAACGUGUUUGUAGAGGUGGUUCUGGCCGAUCCGAACCACUGGCGCUUCCAAGGAGGCAAAUGGGUGACCUGCGGCAAAGCGGACAAUAAUAUGCAAGGGAACAAGGUUUAUGUUCACCCAGAGUCUCCCAACACCGGCGCACACUGGAUGAGGCAGGAGAUCUCCUUCGGGAAACUCAAACUCACCAACAACAAAGGCGCAAAUAACAACAGCACCCAGAUGAUAGUGCUGCAGUCUCUGCACAAGUACCAGCCUCGCCUGCACAUAGUAGAAGUGAGUGAGGAUGGAGUGGAGGAUCUGAACGACUCUGCUAAGAGCCAGACUUUUACCUUUCCGGAGACGCAGUUCAUCGCGGUGACAGCCUACCAGAACACUGAUAUCACUCAGUUGAAGAUUGACCACAACCCAUUUGCAAAAGGCUUCAGGGAUAAUUAUGAUUCCAUGUACACAGCAUCAGAAAGUGACAGAUUAACGCCAUCUCCUGCGGAUUCUCCUAGAUCUCACCAGAUAGUCCCUGGGACCCGCUACAGUGUGCAGCCUUUCUUCCAGGACCAGUUUGUCAACAAUCUGCCCCCUGCCAGAUAUUACAGUGGGGAGAGGACUGUCCCCCAAGCAAAUGGUCUCCUGUCUCCACAGACCAACGACGAAGUGGCAAAUGCUCCCCCUCAGCGGUGGUUUGUGACCCCAGUCCAACAAGCUGCUGCAAAUAAACUGGACAUGGGGGCAUAUGAAACAGACUACUCCUCAGGUUCCCUCCUCACCUAUGGCAUUAAGUCUCUGCCCAUCCAAACCUCCCACCCAAUGGCCUACUACCCAGAUGCAGCCUUCGCUUCCAUGGCAGGCUGGGGAAGCAGAGGUUCUACAUAUCAGAGGAAAAUGACAACAACUUUACCUUGGUCCUCAAGGUCAAGUCCUUCAGGUUUCUCAGAAGAUCUCCUACCCAAGGACAAGGUCAAGGAAGAGAUGAGCUCUUCGUGGGUAGAAACCCCUCCUUCCAUUAAAUCGCUAGACUCUAAUGAUUCUGGGGUAUAUACAGGUGCUUGCAAGAGAAGGAGGCUCUCCCCUAGCACCUCAAGCAAUGAAAACUCUCCUCCUAUAAAGUGUGAAGACAUUGGCAAUGAGGACUAUAAAGAUGCCACAAAGGGACUUGGGUAUUACUCUUUCUACUCUAGUUCUUAAAGAAAGGUUCUUUUGCUGUAUAAAUAUGACCUUAUGGGAUGGACCACUGUAUAUGCCAAAAAGUGGGUUUGCCUUUCAUUUGGCGUCCUCACUCAGCCAUGAAAGUGUUAAAGCCUCAGUAUUAUUAUUAUAAUUUUUUUUUAAGGAAUGGAAUAAGCUUGGCACUAAUGAGUAAAACAGGUUUUCUAAAUAUAUAUAUAUGUAUAUAGUUGUUAUUAUAUAUAUUUAUAAAUGUAUAAAUAUAUAUAAUUAUUAUUAUGUUUUAUUUAUGGCACAAAAUGCCAAUGUACAUUUAUUGUAUAUACACCUGCAUAUUGUGGAGUAUAAGAUAUUGUAUAAAUAGCAGCGUCUCUGUUUGGAAAGAUGUACCUGACAUAAAAUGCACUGGUGGGUUGUACAUUGUAUUCGUGGCACAAAGCUGUAUAUUUAUAGAGUUAGGUGGCAAUGUCAGAAUGUAUUUUCCACUUUGUCUUGGAAGAUUUCUAUUUAAAUCUUGUCUUUUAUGGCAAAUCAUGUACAAAUGUAAAGUCCAGUACUGAAUGUUCCGAAGUGGGACGCAUUGUGGCUUUACCUAGCUUUCUCUUUCUUUCGUUUUUGUAUAUAUUGCUGUCAUUUUUAAUAAAUGUGGUGCCUCUUGGGAAA